AUGACUUUGCAAAAGAGGCACAACCUUGCCCAAGGUUCAAAGAUUAAAGCUGCAGAUGUUCCCACAUUUGACUUUAUUGUGGAAGGGCAAAUUCUGAGAAGACUGUUGGAUCGGCAUCUCCAAAAGCUUGGCAAAAGUUUUGAGAAUGUUAUAAAUAUUGAAUACUUUGAAAGACUUCCACCACCAACGCCUAAAGAGUCUCUCAUCCAUGAUGACUGGGUGUCUUCUGUCCAUACCACAGAGGAAUGGUUAUUAACAGGUUGUUAUGACAACACCUUGCAUAUAUGGGAUGUGAAGAAUUUGGGUAAAGGAAGAAUUAAAGAGGCCCAUAAGCUGAAAAUUCCAGCCCACAAUGCACCUGUCAAAGCAGUGACCUGGGCAAAAACUGAUUCAGAUGUUAAAACAUUUAUCAGCACUUCAAUCGACCAGUCAGCUUUAAUAUGGAAGUGGGAUAGUAAUUCAAACACAGUGGAGUGUGUUAAUCGAUGCUGUGGUCAUAGCCAAAGUAUUGAGUGUGUGGCUGUGGACCAACUGAAAGGUCUCUUUGUCACAGGCUCCUGGGAUACUCGACUGAAGGUCUGGACUGUAGAUGACAAGAAACAAAAUGCAAACAUUCAAAAGGAGAAAGAAGAAGAAGAGAAUGAAAACAAAAAGAGCAAAGGGGACAAAGUUCCAAAAAUGACUCCGCUCCUUACCAUGGCUGGUCACUCUGAGACUGUGGGUGGUGUUGUGUGGACGGAUGUGAGUGAGAUUGCCUCAGCAUCUUGGGAUCACACUAUCAGAAUAUGGGAUACAGAUAUUGGAGGCAUAAAGUCACAGAUUGCUGGCAAUUGUGCUUUCUUCUGCAUAUCAUGGUCACCUCUGAAUAAGACACUAAUAACUGGCUGUGCUGAUAAUUAUAUAAGACUUUAUGAUCCCCGUUCAUCUGAAUGUGUUUGCCUUUUCAGCCCCAAGGCUCCCAUGUAUGACCUGAUUGGUCAUAAGAAAAGAGUGCAGGCAGUGGACUGGUCACACUCCAAAUACAUCAUCAGUGGAUCACAAGACUGUACUGUCAAGGCUUAUACAGCAAAAGUUUAGGGACAGAAAAUCAGAAGGUAUAAUUAGAGACAUUUUAAUGUUUUCAUAGUUUGUCUACAGUUAUUUUUUUUAUUGUUAAAAUGUUAUAUCCUUUUUAUGUAAAUUUGCAAAGGGCAUCACAUUUACAUAGUAAAGGAAGCUGAUGGAUUGAGGACCAAACUGAUAACUAGUGUGUGUUUCUUUUUUUCAGCACCCAUCUGACUGCUGAUUUUGUGUAAUAAGUAUGAAUUCAUGGAUUCAUAAUAAAAUUGUUGCCCACA